AUGUACGAAAACACUGUUUACCUCGUCACCGGCGCAAAUAGGGGCAUCGGCCUCGCCAUGGUCACCAUGCUGCUGCAGCGGCCGCACACGACCGUCAUCGCCACCUCGCGACGGCCGCCGCCGCAGGAGCACAGCGCUUCUUCUGCCACUAGCAUUCCCGACGAACUACCCGCCCACGCCACGAGCACGCUGGUCCAGGUCCUGCUCAACGACAGCGACGCGACCAUCAGCUCCGCCACGCUGCACGGCCGCCUGCGUGACACCCACAACAUCGCGCGCCUCGACGUCGUUGUCGCCAACGCCGGCUCCUCGUCCGGCUUCCACGAUAUCCUGGCCACGGACCCGGAUUUUGACCUGCUGCACGACUUUGUCGUUAAUGCAGCUGGUCCGGCGAAGUUGUUUCGCGCCGUGUGGCCGCUGCUAGAUCCUGAGUUUGUCCUGAUUACUAGCUCGCUCGGCAGCAUCGGAUGCCUUGAUGAGGAGAGCAUGCCCUCGACGGCCUACGGCAUGAGCAAGGCCGCGGCGAACUGGUUCGCUAAGAAGCUAAGCGUUGAGUUCCGUGACCGUGGGCUGCUGGUGGGAAUUAUUCAUCCUGGAUUUGUCAAGACAUCCAUGGGUCAGGCCGUGGCUGAUGCCAUCGGCAUGAAAGAGCCGCCCAUGAGCGUCGAGGACAGCGCCAAGGGUGUCAUUGAGCAGAUUGACACUUUGACACCCGAGAAGUCUGGCCAGUUUUUGAGAUUCGAUGGUGGGAAAAUGCCUUGGUGA